AUAAUGCGCAUGCUCAUCGUGAGACAAUAAACAUCCAAACAUGGACGCCACCAAAGAGAAAGAGGCUUUCACGACGGAAAGACCUAACUUACAGAAGACAGAAAGACCUAACUUAAAGAAGAAGCACGAUGAAGACGAAGACGAGCGCCCUUCCAAGACGAAGAAACUCGACGUGGACCACAACACGAACGUAGCCAACCACUACAACCAACUGCAGGAGGUCGGCCUGGCGGCGCGAAGUCAGAGUCGCAUUUUCUACAUGAGGAACUUCAACAACUGGAUGAAGAGUGUCGUCAUCGGAGAGACCCUAGACCAGGUGCGCGGGGAGGACCACCGCCGCCGUGUGUCCGUGUUAGACCUGGGCUGCGGCAAAGGGGGGGACCUACUCAAGUGGCGCAAAGGCGGCAUCGAUCACCUGGUGUGCGUGGACAUCGCCAGCGUGUCCGUGGAGCAAUGCCAGAGUCGCUACGAGGACAUGAGGAGGAAGAGCCGGGCGGGCGAGAGGGUCUUCAGCGCUCAGUUCCUCACCGCCGACUGCACCAAGGAGGUCCUGUCCGAGAAGUUUGACCAACCCAACCUGAAGUUUGACAUAUGCAGCUGCCAGUUUGUCUACCAUUACUCCUUCGAGAGCGAGACCAAGGCGGAUUUGAUGCUGAGGAACGCCUGCGAGAGCCUCAAACCCGGGGGGUUCUUCAUCGGCACCACGCCGGACGCCUACGAGCUGGUCAAGCGCCUGGAGGCGUCAGAGUCGCUCUCCUUCGGCAACGAGCUCUUCCAGGUGUCCUUCCGGUCCCGGGGGGACUACCCGCUCUUCGGCUGCGAGUACCACUUCAGCCUGGAAGGGGUGGUCAACGUCCCCGAGUUCCUGGUCUACUUCCCCCUGCUGGAGCGCAUGGCCCGGCGCUACGGCAUGCGCCUGGUGUCCAAGCACCGCUUCUCCGAGUUCUUCCAGGAGAAGAUCAAGCUCAGCCAUCACCGCAGCCUCAUGAUGAAUAUGUCCUCGCUGGAGGCCUUCUCCGGCGAGGACGGGCGCGGGGAAGACGAGUACGGCCACGCCCGGGAGCACUGCGACAAAGCGGGGCCCGGAACCCGGCUGGGAACGCUGAGCAAGUCCGAGUGGGAAGCGGCCAGCAUCUACAUGCUCUUCGUCUUCCAGAAGAUGUCCUGAUGUUGACAGACGCGGACGCUCGGGCACGACAACUCCCAGAAUGCACCGCGGCGUCGACCCCAAGCUUUAUAGUUCCAAAACUUCCUCAUCAAGGUCCUCACACUGCUGCUCAGAUACCUCCUGAGACAUUUUUUGCUCAAAAGAAGAACGUCCAUCAUGGAACCAUCUUAUUUUCAGAAAUUGAAGUAAAAUGAUUAUUGUUAUUAUUAUAAUUAAUAGUUAUCUGAAGCACAAUAGAAGAAUGAGUCACGCGGUGUUGUAGCAUCGAUAUAUUAACACCAGGAGGUUGCCUACAGCCAUAACCCAUGUUUUUGUUUCACCUCGUAGCCGUUUAUUUGGCAUCAGGCGACUAUGUGAGGUAGCGGCUACCUUAAUUAAAGUGUUAUUAUUAUUAUGGAGUCUGAUGUCAUCACAAGUUAAAACUCCUUUUGCUUGUGCCGGUGUAUCUAAAAUAAGAAACUUUUUUUGCGGUGUGUGUAUCUUAUAUGCUAUAAUUUUGUGCAUUUUUAUGUUAUGCACGUAUUCUGUUGUCAGGAAAAACCAUAAAAAAUUAAAAUAUAACUGCAUCUA